UAUUCUACGAUUAUAAAAAUAGGAUUAUUCCAAACUUGUAUAAUUGUACAUAAAUUAAGUGUAAAUUACAAUUAUAGUAUAUAUAUAUACUAUAAUAUAGAAUGAUAUUAAACAUAUAUUAUUUAUAUUUGAAAUUUUGCACUCAGAAACGUUUUCUGAAUGACCUUAUAAAGUUAUAUUCAACACAGUAUUAAUAAAAAAAACUACUAAUUUAAUUACACAUACUCACAUUAUCAGACUACUAAAUAAAUAAACAUCUGGAUCUUCAACGUCAAUGAAGGUAACAUUAAAAUCGAAAAAUGUAUAUGCAAUUUUUUAGUAAUUUUUGUGGUUUUUUUUUUUUUUUUUGAGAUAAAUAUUUUUAUACUUUUUAGUUAUAAUUAUAUUUUAAACAUAUUUUUAAGAUUAAAUCUGCAUCUUAUACAUAUUUAUAUAACUAAUCAUAGCUAUUGAUUUAGUUUAUUUAAAAUAUUUCACAUUCUGUUAGCAACAACCUAUUUGUCAAAGAUUGUUUAUACAUGUUUAUAUAUUUUCUUAUAUCUAUAUUAAUUGUGUACAUUUGAAUUUAUUUCAUUCAAUGAUGACAGCAAAUGGUAUAUUGAGUUACACCGAUUGUUGUAAAAAAUUGGAAAAAAUAGCUUUAAGGCGAAAAAUCUAUGGAUCCGAAUCUAGAUAUAAAUUGCACAAAAAUACAUCAACUAAACAUAAUGAAUCCAAAGACAAUGUAGUCAAAAUUGCAAAAAAUGUAUUUGAAAAAAUUCCAUUCGUGUGUGGUUCUUCGGCAAGUAAAAGUCAUCAUAUAGGUGCAAAUAUCCAAACAGCAUUGUCAAUGGUUAAGCAAUUUCGGGAACGUAUGGAUGAUAACAUCAUGUUGACCAUGUCCAGAUAUUAUGAAACAGAAUCAGAAUUUUUAUUUAAAAAAAACAAUAAAGGAUCUUGUGGUUCAGAGGAAUACAGUGAUUGUUCAUCAUAUUGUCCAGCCUUAAGUGAAAACUGGAAAGAAUACCAAGAAGAAGAUACUUUUGAAGGAACCACGCGUGAUCCCUGGUCUGUAAGACAAUCAGAUGGAUACGAUAAUAACAUCGUUUGUUCUCACGAAAAAAUUUCUUGUAACUGUUCAGCCCGGCCAAUGGAAAGCUAUCAAAAAGUAAUGGCUCCAUACGUAAAGAAAUUUAUACAAAAACAAAAACUGCAUGUCGAUCAAAAUCCAUUUAUUAAAGAAAAAACCGUUCAACAUUAUGAAUUGUUAUCCAAACGCGUACAAGAACUUAAACAAACUAUGAUAGCAACGAAUAUAGAAUUGUUAGAACAAACAAAAAGAUACUCAAAAUUAUAUGAACAAUACACCCGACAACAAGACGUUAACAUAGCUUCUCAAUUACUGGAAGUCGAAGACAAAAUAAACGAUUUGAUAGCCCAAGUUGAACAGGCCGUAGAUAUGUACAAAGAGGGAACUGCAUUAUUGGCUAUACAAAAGUCAAAUGAUGAAACAUCAUCUACAUAUUUGCUAGCUCUUGCUAAUGCUGAUAAUGAAACAAAACCAAAGGAAACUAAUGCCGUUCGUUUAUCUAAGCUCUUAAAAAGAAUUCAAUUUUUUCAAGAAAAACUAAAAACUGGUUAUUAUUGUAAAAACUUCUCUGAAAUAGUAGAAUAAAUAUAUGUAUUUCUUUUUUUUUUUUCACUUUGUAUGGACUAUAAAAGGGUCAUUUCAGCCUUCUCCGAUGAAGAGGUUUUUUAAUCUUAAGUACUUAAAAGUGGAUUUUAAAAAAACCAUUGUCAAUAAUAUGUUGACAAUUUUAAUUGAAAUGUUUCAAAUCAAUUAUAAUAUUU